AUGAUGUUCCUCACAGUUCUGAUCGCUUCCUCGGCGCUCGUUUUCGCUCAUGACUGCUCUUCGCCGCAAGCCACUCGCGCUUCUUUUGGUGCCUACCUUCAGUGCAUCAAGGAGGGUCUCGAUGCCGACUACGGACAGUAUGAAAACGAGAUUCGGGAGCAUUCCAAGAAGGCUGCCACCGCUUGCUUCGCUUCAUCAAUUGAAGAGGGUAACGCCAAGGAUCGUUGUGUGUUAUCUGCCUCCGACCUUAGCCAUGUCGCCUGGGACCGUAACGGACCAUUGAGAGAGUGCUCGAUCUGCCGAACAUUCGCCUCAGGUGCCAUUAAGGCCAUCAAGGCCACCCCAGCCGAGGACCAAAAGUGCAUCAGAACUGAAAUCAGCAAGGCUAUCGCUCGCGAGGCAUCCUAUUGCCUUCAGCGCAAGGUCGCCAACUUCCCAGGAGUUCCAGACAUUCCAGAUCUCGAAGAAGGAUCGUUCCAAUUCAAAGACUCCGUCAUCGCCUCUAUCUCCGACCAUAUUCUUAUCCAGUCCCGUCUCAGUUUCUGCGGAGAGCGCAAGCCGCAACGCGCCGCUUCCACUCGCGCCUGCCUCGCCAGCCCAUUCGUUGGAUAUUUGUCGGGACAUUGCAAAGUGCUCGCCAACUGUGAUUCGCGAUUCUCGGGAACUUGCGCCAAGACUAUCCCACAAACAAGAAAGGCAACUUGCGAAUGCAUCACCGACGCUCGUGAUGAUCUUAAGAAACGUAUCGGUUCCAUUGCCGGUGUUUUCAAUGAUCUUCUCUCCGGUGGACGUGGACUCGCCAUUGGAUCUGCUAACAAGGUCGACAUUUGCGUUUCGCAGAUCAAAAAGCAAAUGAUCACCCCAGUCAACGAUUGGGUCAGCGUAAUCGAUUCUGCUCUCUCAACCUGCAUUCGCAAUAAGCCAGCCGGACAGAAUCUUGCAAUGGAGGCUCUUCUCAACGUUGGAUGCCGUAAGGUCAUCGCCGAUACCACCGGCGCCGCUACCACUCAACUCAAAACCGGAUUCGACUUCGUCAAUAACCUCAUCGACGCAAUGGUCCAGAGAAGCGGAAGAUUCUGCGGAGGUUCGCACUGCCUUCACGGAUAA